AGAGCCUUGGCCAGGGGAAGUGAAAGCGAAAGCUCCCGGCACCGGGACGCCUUCGCCUGGACAGCGUUGCCAGCAGACAGAAGAGGGAAACGAAGUCGAGGCAGCGGGAGCAGAUUUCAGAGCUCACUCAUCAGCGCUUCACGGAAAGACCUCUUGAGCUGCAGUCCCGAAGUCGCUGCUGGAUGGAUGAGACACCUGAAAUCUAGUCUCCUCAUCUCCCUCUGACAGAUCACACCAUGCAGCUCCCUGACCCUAGACCCUGGAUCUCCCUGCUGCUGGCGGACUGGGCUUUACUCUGGCUGCUUCAAGGGACACUGGGGGCUCUGCUUCCCCGAGGGCUUCCAGGCCUAUGGCUGGAGGGGACCCUGCGACUUGGAGGGCUGUGGUGGCUGCUAAAGCUGGGAGGGCUGCUGGGACUUGUGGGAACACUGCUGCCCUCUCUCUGCCUGAUGACUCCCCUAUUCCUCUCCCUGAGGGCCCUGGUCCCAGGGUCCUUGAGUGCUCCCCCGGUUAGAGUGGCUUCAGCGCCUUGGAGCUGGCUGCUGAUGGGGUAUGGGGCUGCAGGGUUAAGCUGGGCAGUGUGGGCUGUGCUGAGCCCUCCAGGAGCCCAGGAGAGGGAGCAGGGCCAGGAGAAAAACAAAGCCUUGAUGUGGCGGUUGCUGAAGCUCUCCAGGCCAGACCUGCCUUUCCUCACCGUUGCCUUCUUCUUCCUUGUGGUUGCUGUGUUGGGUGAGACAUUAAUCCCCUACUAUUCUGGUCGCGUGAUUGACAUCCUGGGAGGUGAUUUUGACCCUGAAGCCUUUGCCAGCGCCAUCUUUUUCAUGUGUCUUUUCUCUGUUGGGAGCUCACUGUCUGCAGGCUGCAGAGGAGGCACUUUUACCUUCAUCAUGUCCAGAAUCAAUUUACGGAUCCGGGAGCAGCUUUUCUCCUCCCUUCUGCGCCAGGACCUCGGUUUCUUCCAGGAGACUAAGACAGGAGAGCUGAAUUCCAGGCUGAACUCAGAUACCAAAUUGAUGAGUUGCUGGCUUCCUUAUAAUGCCAAUGUGAUCUCGAGAAGUCUGGUAAAAGUGGUGGGACUGUACAGCUUCAUGUUCAACUUGUCACCUCGACUGACCCUCCUCGCUCUGCUCGAGGCGCCUCUCACAAUAGCAGCUGAAAAGGUGUACAAUGUCCGCCAUCAGGCAGUGCUUCUGGAGAUCCAGGAUGCAGUGGCAAAAGCAAGGCAGGUGGUGCGGGAGGCAGUUGGAGGGCUGCAGACUGUGCGCAGUUUUGGGGCUGAGGAGCACGAGGUCUGUCGCUAUAAGGAGGCCCUUGAACAAUGCCGGCAGCUGUGGUGGCGACGAGACCUGGAACGGGCCCUCUACCUGCUCUUACGGAGGAUGCUGCACUUGGGGAUGCAAGUGCUGAUGCUGCACUGUGGGCUGCAGCAGAUCCUGGCUGGGGACCUCACCCGGGGUGGGCUGCUCUCCUUUCUGCUCUUCCAGGAGGAUGUGGGCCACUACGUGCACACCCUGGUGUACAUGUAUGGGGAUAUGCUGAGCAACGUGGGAGCAGCUGAGAAGGUUUUUCAGUACCUGGACCGACAGCCAAAUCUGCCUCCACAGGGGACACUGGCCCCUCCCACUCUGCGGGGGCGAGUGGAAUUCCACAAUGUCUCCUUUGCGUAUCCUAAUCACCUUGAUCGGCUUGUGCUCAAGGAGCUGACUUUCACCCUACAUCCCGGUCAGAUGACUGCACUGGUGGGACCCAAUGGAUCUGGGAAGAGCACAGUGGCUGCCCUGCUGCAGAAUCUGUACCAGCCCACUGCGGGGCAGCUGCUGCUGGAUGGGGAGUCCAUCUCCCAAUAUGAACACUGCUACCUGCACCAACAGGUGGCUUUGGUUGGGCAGGAGCCUGUGCUGUUCUCAGGUUCUGUGAAGGACAACAUCGCUUACGGGCUGAAGAGCUGCAGUGAUGAAAAAGUGAUGGCUGCUGCCCAGGCCGCUAAAGCAGAUGAGUUCAUAAAAGAAAUGGAGCAUGGAUUAUAUACAGAUGUAGGGGAGAAAGGGAACAAGUUGGCUGUGGGACAGAAACAACGUCUGGCCAUUGCCCGGGCCCUUGUGCGGGACCCACGGGUCCUCAUUCUGGAUGAAGCUACCAGUGCCCUGGACGUCCAGUGUGAGCAGGCCCUGAAGGACUGGCAGUCCCGCGGGGACCGGACGGUGCUGGUGAUCGCUCACAGGCUGCAGACGAUUCAGAAUGCUGACCAGAUCCUGGUACUCAGUCACGGAGAGCUGCUGAAGCACUCCCAGCUCAUGGAGGGGCAGGACCUCUAUUCCCGCCUGGUGCAGCAGCAACUGGAGGACUGAGGCCCCAGGGACACUGGGCCCUUCUCAUGGCAUCUUCAUGACCCGGGCAGUUCCUGCUUUGAGUUUCCCUGGGGCUGUGCCUCUGUGUAGUUAGUUGUUCCUGGAGCUGGAAGUAUGAUGGAGGUUAGGACCACAUGUGCUUUCGUUGGGGCGGGGGAGGCAGGGCAAGGUGCUACCUAUGUCCAAGAACCUUAUAUUCCUGAUGAACAGAGCUUUGCCUCAUGCUGAGUAGUGUAUUGUGGCAUAAUAAAUAUAUUUUAAAAUAUUUUCCUCAUUAUAUAAAUAGCACAUGACACGUUCAUAUAAAAAAGUAAAUCUGACCUUCGUUUCACUUCCCAGAGACAACCAUGGUUACUGUUUUGCUGGUUAUCCUAUUAGCCUAUUAUCUGUUCUUUGAGAUACGUAUUAAUCAAUGUGACAUAAAUAUUCAUGAGGCUGCCUUUCUGUAUCCUUCCCCAUUCCCACCAGUGUUUGAUAUUUUGGGGAAACUAGGGUAUGGAGGGGCAGAACACAGUUCCAUAAUUAACAGUGUUAAUAAGAAAUUGCUAAUAGCUACUACUGAUAAUAGAGUUUUAAUAUUGGUAAGAACUAUGCUAAGUGUUUUUCAUGUAUUAUCAUUUUUAGUCCUUAUUCUCAACUCUCUGACGUUAGUGAUUAUUAUCCCAAUUUUAUAGAUGAGGAGACUUAGUCUCAAAGAGAUUAAAUAACUUGUCCCAAGGUUACACAGUGGUGGAGUUGGAGUUUGAAUCCAGGCGUGACCCCAGAGUCCAUACUCCCAACCAAUAAAUUCUAUUGCAUUUUA